GUAGGGACUGCAGCCCUCCGCGCAUGCGCGCUGGGUCUCCAUGCGGGAACCGGCGGAAGAUGUCGGCACAGGGUGACUGCGAGUUCCUGGUGAAGCGCGCCCGCGACCUGGUGCAGGGCGACCUGUGGGCGGCCAAGGCCUGGCUCAUCACGGCGCGGAGCCUCUACCCGACCGACUUCAACAUCCAGUAUGAGAUGUACACUAUUGAAAGGAAUGCUGAACGGACAGCAUCAGCAGGCAGACUGUUGUAUGACAUGUUUGUGAAUUUCCCAGACCAACCAGUGGUGUGGAGGGAGAUUAGUGUUAUUACAUCGGCCUUACGGAAUGACUCGCAGGAUAAGCAGACCCAGUUUUUAAGAGGUUUAUUUGAGACUCUUCCUGGUCGUGUCCAGUGUGAAAUGUUACUGAAAGCCACAGAGCAGUGUUUUAAUACUCUGGAACGGGCGGAAAUGCUAUUGCUGUUGCUGCGACGCUUCCCAGAAACUGUGGUACAGCACGGGGUGGGCCUCGGAGAAACAUUAUUAGAGGCUGAAAGUAUUGAAGACCAAGAAUCCCCAGUUAAUUGCUUUAGGAAAUUAUUUGUUUGUGACGUUCUUCCUCUAAUAAUUAACAACCCUGAUGUUCGGCUUCCUGCCAGUUUGUUGUACAAAUAUCUGAACAAAGCAGCAGAAUUUUACAUUAAUUAUGUGACUAGAUCUACUCAAACUGAAAAUCAGUACCAAGGUUCACAAGAUUCCUCUGAUCUCAUGUCUCCAAGCAAGCGUAACUCUCAGAAGUAUGUAAUAGAGGGUCUGACUGAGAAAUCAUCUCAGAUUACGGACCCAUGGGAGAGGCUGUUUAAGAUACUAUCUAUUGUGGGAAUGAGGUGUGAAUGGCAGAUGGAGAAAGGGAGAAGAAGUUUUGGUGAUAUCUUACACAGAAUGAAAGACCUUUGCAGAUACAUUAGUAACUUUGAUAGUGAAGCCCAUGCUAAGUAUAAGAAUCAAGUAGUCUAUUCAACAAUGUUGGUCUUCUUUAAGAAUGCGUUCCAAUAUGUCAGCAGCAUCCAGCCCUCUCUUUUCCAAGGGCCAAAUGCUCCGAACCAAGUUCCGCUGGUUCUCCUUGAGGAUGUAUCUAAUGUCUAUGGUGAUACAGAUAUCGAGCGCAACAAGCACAUACAUAAAAAAAGGAAGCUUGCAGAAGGAAGAGAAAAAACAAUGAUCCUUAAGCAGAGCUCGGAUGAUGAAGACCCUUCUGGGAAGGGGAGAAGUCGCCAUAUCACAAUAAAUAAAGCGGACCUUCCAAACUCCAUUGAAGUAUUAGAGAGCUUUAAACUGGCAAGAGAGAGCUGGGAGUUGCUCUAUUCCAUGGAAUCACUUGAUAAAGAAUUCACCAGAAUUUGUUUGUCCUGGAAGACAGAUACCUGGCUUUGGUUGCGAAUCUUCCUCACAGAUAUGAUCAUCCACCAGGGUCAAUAUAAAAAGGCAAUUGCCAGCCUCCAUCAUUUAGCAGCUCUUCAAGGAUCUCACUCUCCGCAGCAGAUUGCAGGACAGGGUUUGCUGGAACAUCAGAGAGCCCUUAUCCAGUUAGCUACUUGCCACUUUGCCCUUGGAGAAUACAGACUGACAUGUGAGAAGGUACUUGACCUCAUGUGCUAUAUCACACUCCCCAUCCAAGAUGGAGUUAAAACACAAGAAGAACAGCCAAAAGUAAAGUCGAAAUUCAGGAAAGGUUCUGACCUGAAGCUUUGGCCGUGUACCAGUAAAGCUGUUAUGCCCUACUGUCUCCAUUUACUAUUAGCUUGUUUCAAGCUGCGAGCUUUCACAGACAGCAGGGAUGAUAUUGCUUUGGGCCAUGUGGUUGUGUUGCUUCAGCAUGAAUGGCCAAGAGGUGAGAACUUGUUCCUGAAAGCCAUCAACAAAAUCUGCCAGCAAGGAAACUUCCAGUAUGAGAAUUUUUUCAACUAUGUUACAAAUAUUGAUAUGCUGGAAGAAUUUGCCUAUUUAAGAACGCAAGAAGGAGGGAAAAUCCAUCUGGAACUGUUGCCCAAUCAGGGACUGUUGAUCAAGACUUCUAGCCCUCCCAUGGGGUUACUGCAGCAGGAAUUCAUACCUGUGCUACAGCCCAGCAUACAGACUGCUGACAGGCAUCACACGGUGACCCGGGGAAUAACCAAAGGAGUGAAGGAGGAUUUCCGUCUGGCCAUGGAGCGCCAGGUCUCACGCUGUGGGGAAAACCUCAUGAUGGUAUUGCACAGAUUCUGCAUUAAUGAGAAGAUACUACUACUUCAGACUCUGGUCUGAAUGGAGGCAUGGGCAUCCAACAACAGCUUUUUCCUGCUUUUUCCUCAGAAAGGGCAGCAAAGGCCAUAUUAAUUAACAGCGCUGCUGUUGAAACAGAAUUAACUUAAAAUUGUCCUGUUAGUGUUGGUAAGGAACUCCUGAUGAAUUGCAUGUUCCGGACAGCACAUAAACAGGAAAAAAUGUGGGUGAACAAUCUGUUUUAAUGGAUCAAAUAUUUUAUAAUUAAACUUCCUUUAAAAAAAAAAUCUGUUUUUGUGAUUAUUGUAGUCAGGCUUAGGUAAAUGCAAAAAACAUCCUUUGGAAAGAAAACUAUAAUUUAUU